AUGCUGAUCGGCGUGUUGCUCGCUUGCGUCGGCUCGUUCGUCGCCGCGUUCGACAUUCAUCCGAAAGAAGAGCAAAGAAAAUGCUUCUCAUGCUCGGUGUUCACAUUCAUCAACUCGAAACUCGUCUGCGCCAACCCCUCAUUUUGCUAUUCGGAUUUUUGCUAUACAUAUCUCCUAUCCGAUAGUCGCUCAAUGUUCCUAUCCGGCUGUGCCGAAGACAUCUCCGAUUACCAUAUAAGCUCGUCAACGGACCAUCUCCUCUGUCAUACUCGUGCUCACGUCGGCCUCUGCGUGUGCUCGAGCUCGCAACAAUCAUGCCAUGAUUUAUGGCCAACUCCCAAAUCGCCGCACACGAAUCUGACGGCGCAAAUCCGAUGGAUCGACACCGACGUCAACAUGAUCAAUGCGAUUUCGCACCGCGUCACCGGCUUCUCGGCCGACUACGCCCGCAAUCGCGUCGGCCAAAUGCGCAUCGACGAGUUUCCCGAGAAAUUUCCCGGCGAGCCGAUCGCGUCCGUCUCGCCGCAUAUACACACUGGGUCCCUCGUCAUUCUCAUCGCUUCGGUUUGGGCGGCGAUUUCGAUAUGA